AUGGCGUCUAAUGAUCAUCACGAGCACCACCACCACCAUCAUCCUCAUGAGGAAUCAUGGGUCGGGCCAGAUGGGAAAGUUUAUCAUAGCCACGAUGGGCUGGCGCCACACUCGCACGAGCCCAUUUACUCGCCGGGCUUCUUCAGCCGAAGGGCGCCUCCGCUUGUGAACAGGGACUUUAAGGAGAGAGCUUUUACAGUUGGUAUCGGCGGCCCUGUUGGGACUGGAAAAACAGCUUUGAUGUUAGCUUUGUGUGAAAUGCUGAGAGACCAGUACAGUCUUGCUGCUGUGACAAACGAUAUAUUCACGAAAGAAGAUGGGGAGUUUUUGGUAAAGCAUGGGGCCCUUCCGGAAGAAAGGAUUCGUGCUGUUGAAACGGGAGGCUGCCCUCACGCGGCCAUUCGAGAAGAUAUCAGCAUCAAUCUUGGGCCUCUUGAGGAGCUUUCUAAUUUGUACAAAGCUGAUAUUCUCCUUUGUGAAUCUGGUGGAGACAAUCUGGCUGCCAACUUCAGCAGAGAACUCGCCGAUUACAUAAUUUAUAUAAUCGAUGUAUCGGGUGGUGACAAAAUCCCUCGAAAAGGGGGACCUGGCAUCACACAAGCUGACCUCCUCGUGAUAAACAAAACAGACAUUGCAGCUGCCGUUGGAGCUGAUUUGUCUGUAAUGGAACGUGAUGCCCUCCGAAUGAGAGAUGGCGGACCCUUUGUUUUCGCUCAGGUGAAACAUGGUGUUGGAGUGAAGCAAAUUGUGGACCAUGUUUUGGGGUCAUGGGAAGCUGCAACAGGGAACAAGCGUCACUAA